CCCGAAUACUCAUUAUUCAAUAAUUCGCCGCGACUCCAACUAUCAUCUGGCGGGAAUCGGCAGUCAAGUAUGUCAGCGGGGCCUGAUCAGUGGUUCGUUCAUGACUACCACACACUUGAAGGAGCACGAUGGAAUUUACUCCAUGUCACCCUCAACCAUUCACGUUUCAGCAAGCUAUCUCCUUUGAUCCUGAAGUUUCUGCCGAUGAGAUCGGUCGUCUUCAAAACUCAAUUUCCCAUCUAAAACGCACGCAAGAAGAACUCCAGGAAUAUGCAGACGACCCAGACAUCGCACAAGCAAUCAAAGAAAACAACCAGACGUUGUCAGUACAAGGCAGUACAUGGAUUUCACUGCACUUAUUGAGAUCGACGCACGCGUUCACACAGAGCAUCGCAAGAUGAGCGAAUAUUCAUGCUCAAAUUGGCGCUCACCCAGCGUGGAGCGUCGAAUGCCACUAGCGCUCAUUAUGACCUUCCUCCUGAACCGGCACCUGAAAGUAGAAAUGGUAGGCAUGCCAGUGGUGGAUUUGGGACUGGUGAUAUUGGACUCGAGCCGUUGGACGCACCUCUCCCGGGAGACAACUCGGGUCUUGGAUCAUCGAAUUCGACUGGGGAGGAUGAAGAAGAAAGCGGUGUGCAUU